UCGAAAUAGCAGUGCUCUGACUGUCCAUGACACAAAUCAAUUGUAUGAGUAUUAUUACACAAAGAAGACAUGGCAAAAACGUCUGAAUUGUGCUUGGGAAAAUGGCGAUUAUGGAUAACAUCGCUUCUUUUCUGCGUUACUGCUGCUGAUCUUCGUUAUUCUGUGCCGGAGGAAACAAAGACAAAAUUUGUUAUUGGAAAUCUAAGUAAGGAUCUUAAAUUGGAUUAUAAUCGCUUGAGAUUUCGCAAGGCCCGUUUGGAUUACCAAGGGGACAGAAGGUACUGUGAAAUAGACCUAGAUUCCGGGAAUCUUUUUGUUUCGGAAAGGAUUGACCGAGAGGUGCUAUGCGGAACUACCUCCCCCUGCAUCCUGCACUUUGAAUUUAUUCUUGAAAACCCUUUAGAGCUUCAUAACAUCGCUUUAGAGGUCCAGGAUGUCAAUGACAACCCUCCUGUUUUCCCCAAAGGUUCGAUAAAGCUUGAGAUAAGCGAAGGAGCUACGACAGGAAGUAAAUUACAACUAACUCGUGCACGGGAUUUGGAUGUGGGAAUGAAUUCGGUUCAGACAUAUAUUCUCAGUCAAAACAAACAUUUUGUUCUCGAUGCGAAAUCAAGCAAAGACCGGUAUGUGGAUAUAGUUUUGAAAAACAGCCUGGACAGAGAAACAAGGGGGGAGCAUUCUUUGGUAUUGUCUGCUGUAGAUGGCGGAAACCCUCCUAACACUGGAACUGUUGUUAUUGAAGUGGUUGUAAUUGACGUGAAUGAUAAUGCACCAUUAUUUUCGCAGCCUUUGUAUAACGCUCGGUUAUCUGAAAAUUCAGCACUGGGAACGUCUAUCAUCAAAAUCACGGCUACCGAUGAGGAUGAGGGCGCAAAUGGAGAAAUAACAUAUUAUAUUAAUCACCUGUCUGACAACACAAAACAGUUGUUUAAAAUUGACGAAAACGAUGGGGAAAUAUCAGUUAUUGGACAGCUGGACCACGAGAAGGCCUCCUCAUACGAGAUGGAAGUGCAAGCAGAGGAUGGCGGAGGUCAGACGGGCCACUGUAAAGUUGUUAUUGAAAUAGAUGAUGUCAACGACAAUGCGCCUGUUAUAUCUGUAAAAUCUCAAAAAAAUCAAAUCCCAGAAAACACAACACCAGGCACCGAGAUAGCCGUAAUAAACGUAAAAGACCUAGACUCGGGAGAAAACAGCCGGGUUAGUUGUUCCAUUUCGCCGAAUCUGCCAUUUCAGCUACAGCCAUACAUUAAGUCUUAUUUCAUUCUCACUACAAGUAGUUGGCUUGAUCGGGAACAAAUCGAUAAUUACAAUGUGACAAUAAUCGCAACCGAUGGAGGUAUACCACCCUUAUUUUCCAACAUUUCUCUGAACAUACAAGUUUCUGACAUCAACGACAACUCCCCUAGAUUUGAACUGCAGACCUACGUCAUUUAUAUAAACGAAAAUAAGCAAUCGGGCACUUCUGUUUGUUCUGUCAGUGCAAAUGACCCAGACUGGAGACAGAACGGGACUGUACUGUACUCUCUGGUACCCAGUGAAGUCAACGGGGUCCCAGUGUCCUCAUUUCUCUCUAUCAAUGGAGAUACAGGAGUGAUUCAUGCUGUGAGAUCAUUUGACUAUGAGCAGUUCAGAAACUUCAGUGUCAAAGUUGUUGCCAGAGACAAUGGUUCUCCUCCACUCAGCAGUAAUGUGACUGUCAAAGUCUUUAUAACAGAUGAGAAUGACAACUCUCCACAGAUAUUAUACCCUGUUCCUGAUGGAAAGUCUGUAAUGACUGAAAUGGUUCCUAAAGCGACUCUCUCAGGCUCUCUGGUGUCAAAGGUGAUCGCUGUAGAUGCUGACUCUGGACAGAAUGCAUGGCUGUCCUAUCAGAUCUUAAAAUCUACUGAUCCGGGACUUUUCUCUAUUGGUCUCCAUAGUGGAGAGAUCAAAACUCAACGAGACAUUUCUGAAUCUGACAAUAUGAAGCAGAAUCUUGUUAUUUCAGUGAAGGAUAACGGCCAGCCGUCUUUGUCUACAACAUGUGUUGUGAAUUUACUGAUUUCUGAUAAUCUUUCUGAAGUUCCUGAACUUAAAGAUAUGAGCUAGGAGGACAACAACUCUAAAUUAACCUCAUACUUGAUCAUUGCAUUAGUUUCCGUCUGCACUUUCUUCCUGACAUUCAUCAUAGUGAUGCUGGCAGUGAAGUUUUGUCACAGGAGAAAGCCCAGACUGUUGUUUGAUGGAGCAGUUGCUGUUCCCAGCGCCUAUCUGCCUCCAAACUAUGCAGAUGUGGAUGGAGCAGGAACUCUCCGCAGCUCUUACAAUUAUGACGCGUAUCUGACAACAGGCUCGCGCACCAGUGACUUUAAGUUUGUGAGCUCGUAUAAUGAAAACACACUUCCGGCUGGUGGGACUCUGGAGAAGAGUGAAAUCGAUUUUAAUAUGUUGCGCCUGUCUGAUGUAGGGGAAUGUACCGAGGUACAGUAAAUGCCUGCUUUGAUUCUCAAGC